AUGAACGCCGAUAAAACGCUAUUAAUGCUUGGACUGCCAGCUGACAGAGCAGACCUACAAUUGUCGGAUCGUGAAGAAAUCGUGGACUUGUUUGAUCGAGAAUGUCAGAAAUAUGAUGCAGAAUGGCUAGAUAUAACUGCAAACGAAAAAUAUGGCCAAGCAGGAACCGUUUGCUAUACUCCGGAAGAGUAUCAAAAAACGGAACAUGGAAAGGCGAUGGCAAACGAAGCACUCUGGACAAUAGGAAAGGUUGACAAGCAUCUUUCGCCUAUAUCGUGGCCAACAUCUCAAGAUGAGAAUAUGCGUCCGCUUGUAGGCAUUAGGGUUGUCGAUAUCUCUCGUGUAAUUGCUGCUCCAACAAUGUCGAGAAUUCUAGCCUCCCUCGGCGCGACCGUUAUUCACAUUUCAAAUAACCUGGAGCCAGACAUGACCAAUAUCCUUAUUGAAUCAAAUCUUGGCAAAUACGACAUGCAAAUCAAUCUCAAGACUUCGGAGGGAAAGAAACAAAUGGAGAACAUUAUCGCAGACGCCGAUGUUGUUAUUGACGGAUACAGACCCGGCUGUAUGGACCGACUUGGUUUUGGUCCUGAUACCGUACAUCAAGUGGCCAAAAGACGUGAUAAGGGGGUAAUCUAUGUACGAGAAAAUUGUUAUGGAUGGAAGGGUCCUUGGACUCAUAGAUCCGGAUGGCAACAAAUCAGCGACUGUGUUACCGGUGUCUCUUGGCUUCAAGGAAAGUUUCUUGGGUUGGAUGAGCCUGUUGUACCAUUACUCCCAAAUACAGACUAUCAAACUGGCAUCAUCGGUGCGAUUGCCGUAAUGAACGCCUUGAAUCGUCGUGCGCAUGAAGGCGGAUCAUACAAUGUUGAUGUAUCACUGAAUCAGUUUAAUACAUGGUAUAUUUCUCUCGGUCAGUACACUGAUGAGCAAAGCAAAAAAAUCAUGAGCAUGCAUCCAAAUCUCAAACUACGGUAUACUGAUGAA